AUGCAUCUAUCUUUUAGUCUUACGGUGUCCUGGGACUUUGUCUUAACAUGUUGCAUUCUAGCGAUUGUACUUGCAGUCCUCAUUCUCUUCAUAAUCCUCCUCUCCCUCGCGAUCUCCCAAAACACCAUUGUUCCUAAAUGCCGCCCAAAAGGAUCACCUACCCACCUGCUCGUGGUCCUUGGGAGUGGUGGUCAUACAGCUGAGAUGUUCUACAUGCUUGAUCGUAUGGAGCUUGACCCCCACAUCUACACGUAUCGGACAUACCUUGUUAGCUCCGGAGAUGACUUCAGCGCUGGCAAAGCGAAAGAGUUCGAGGAUCAGCACGUACAGAAACUGCAGAGCCAUACUGAGAACGACCGGUACAGCAUUGUCACAGUGCCUCGUGCCCGGCGGGUCCAUCAAUCUUAUCUGACCGCGCCAUUCUCGACACUCCAGUGCUUCUGGGUCUGCCUGUGUGUUCUUCGUGGACUUCACCCUGAUCAAAAGCUUCCCGAGGAGUAUACUUCUCCUUAUCCGGACUUGAUUCUCACAAACGGCCCCGCUACAGCUGUCUGCGUCGUGGCGGCUGCUAAAAUCAUCCGCUUCUUCCUUUGUCUGAAUAGACUUGGUGCCUUAUGUCUGGGUCUGCAAGUCAACUCGACGGUGCCAAAGCUGCGCACUGUCUACGUUGAAUCAUGGGCUCGGGUGAACUCGCUCAGUGUCUCCGGCGUAUUACUGUUGCCAUUGGUCGACCGCUUUCUAGUUCAAUGGCCUGCUCAGGCCGGACGGCGGGCCUGGUGGGGGAUGAAGAGAACCCAAUAUGCAGGGUGGCUGGUGAUUUGA